CUUCACUUUCACUUCCCAAACUCCCAAAAAAUGAAGAUCCAAAUACUCUGUUUCACCACUCUGUUCUUAGCUAUCUCCACCUCUCAAGUCACCACUGCUUACAAAUUCAAAUUCGAUUACUUUGGUAAUGGUACUGAUCUCAUAUCAUUCCAUGGAGACGCUGAGUAUGGUCCUGACACUGAUGGCAUGAGCCGGUCCGGAGCCAUCGCAUUGACCCGAGACAACAUCCCUUUCUCUCAUGGUCGAGCCAUUUUCACCACUCCAAUCACUUUCAAGCCUAAUGCUUCAGCUCUUUACCCUUUUAAAACCUCUUUCACUUUCUCCAUUACUCCUAAAACAAACCCUAAUCAAGGUCAUGGCCUUGCCUUCAUCGUCGUCCCAAGUAACCAAAACGACGCCGGUUCCGGUUUAGGCUAUCUCAGUCUUCUGAACCGAACCAACAACGGUAAUCCUAAUAACCACCUCUUUGCCGUUGAAUUUGAUGUCUUUCAAGACAAAUCUCUUGGCGACGUGAACGAUAACCAUGUCGGAAUCGAUAUUAAUUCGGUUGAUUCGGUGGUUUCUGUGAAAUCCGGUUAUUGGGUUAUGACAAGAAAUGGUUGGUUAUUUAAGGAUUUGAAGCUGAGUAGUGGAGAUAGAUACAAGGCUUGGAUUGAGUACAACAAUAAUUAUAAAGUCAUCUCUGUUACGAUUGGUUUGGCGCAUUUGAAGAAACCGAACCGGCCAUUGAUUGAAGCAAAAUUCGAUCUUUCCAAGGUUAUUCACGAGCAAAUGUAUACCGGUUUUGCCGGUUCGAUGGGUCGUGGUGUCGAGCGUCACGAGAUCUGGGACUGGACUUUCCAGAACUAGAAAACCGGUUCGGUUUGUUUCUGGUUUACUCUCUGUCGUGACUUCAGCUUGUGAUAACUGAAAUGAAAUAAAUGCCUUACCGACAUUGUGAUGUAUUAUUGUUGUCAGAUUAGUAGAAAAUUAAAGACGUUUAAUUCCU